AUGGAAUAUAAACUAGAAUUUUUAAGUUAUUUAAUUAUAUUAAAAAAAAAAAAUGAAAGAUUAACAAAAUUUGAUGAGCAAAUAAAAACAUGUAUUAACACUUUUGAAAAAGCAAUUAUUGAUGAAAAAGAUUUAAUAUACUUAUUUGAGCGAAAUAUAUUAGAUAUUAAUCCGAGCAUUCGUUCAAUAUGCUGGAAAUUAGCAUUAAAACAUCUUAGUUUAAAUACUGGAAAAUGGAAUCAAGAGAUAUUAGAAAAAAGAAAAUUAUAUGAAGAAUAUAUAAAAUAUUUUGUACUAAAUCCAUUAAUGGCAAAUAAUAAUAUAGAUAAAGAAAGUACACAAAUUAAGAAAAAUAGAAUGAAAGAAGAAAUGAACCUAAAAUCACAAGAAGAAGAAAAAGAUAUCUCUUUUAAUUUAAAUGAAGAAUCAGAUACAAACUGGAUGAAUUCAGAAUUAUUUAGUCAAAUUAAUAAAGAUACUUUUAGAACUAGACCAGAAUUAUCUUUUUUUAAUUUAAAUCCAGAAUAUACAAUUAAUAAUAAUAUAAAUAUUCUGAAUAGUUUAAUUAACAUGGAAGAUUUUGAGGAAGAAAAUGAAGAAAUUCCAUUUCUAGUUAAUAUAAAUAGCGACAAUAAUUUAAAUUGCAAUGAAAAUGUUCAGAAUGAUAAUAGAUACUCAAUAGAAAAAAAAAAAAUUUGUAAAAAUAAUCAUAUUGACAAUGUAGAAGAACAUAUAAAGAAUGUGUUUACAAAUAAUGAAAAAAAAAGUAAUAAAAAAAAUAUGAAAGAAGAAAAUGAAGUUAAUAUAAUGAAAGAUACAUAUUCUGAAAAUAAUAAUGUAAAUAGUCAUAAUUCAUAUAUUAAUAAUAUAGUGAAAGAUCAAAAUAAUUUGAAUCUUCAAGAAAAGUUCAAUUCCGAAGAUUCAAGAGAAUUUUCACAAAAUUUAAGCAUAGAAAUAAAUGAAUCAGAUAAUUACAAUUCCUUUAAAAAUGAGAAAAAUAGAUAUGAUUCUAUUGAUGUAUGUGAUAUAUUAAAACCAAGAAGACAUUAUGAUUUGUUAUGUCGUAUAUUAUUUAUAUAUGCUCAAAUUCAUCCAUAUGUAAAAUAUGUUCAAGGUAUGAAUGAAAUUUUAGCACCAUUAUAUUUUAUUAUUUUUAAUGAUCCAUUAUGUAAUUGCCCUUUACAAGGUGAAGCUGAUACCUUUUUUUGUUUUAUUGAAUUAAUGCAAAAGCAAAAAGAUGUUUUUUGUGAAGGCUUAGAUAAUACAGAUGAUGGUAUAAAUGGCAAACUAAAGAAAUUUUCUCUUUUGUUAAAAAUAAAAGAAUAUAAAAUUUGGAAAAGAUUAAAUAUAUUAAAAAUAGAAACACAAUAUUAUGCUCUAAAAUGGAUAUUAUUAUUAUUAACUCAAGAAUUUGAUAUGCCUGAUACAAUUAUAUUAUAUGAUCAUUUUAUUAUUAACACUAAUGAAAAUUUUAUUUUAUAUAUUUGUCUAGUUAUAUGUAUGAAAUUAAAAAAUUCUUUAUUAUGUGGUAAUUUUAGCGUUAAUUUAAAACUUCUACAAAAUAUACCUCCAUUUGAUCCAUAUGAUAUAAUUUGUCAUGCUAAAGAUUUAAUGAAAAAAGAUUUAGAAAAAAAUUUUAAUAUCACAGAUGUUUACAAUCAAUAUGUUAGUGAAAAAAGAAGAAAAUGUUCCUCUGAAAAUUUUAAAAAUGAUAAUAAAGAAGAUAUAUGUGAAUAUUCAUCUAAUGUGGAUGAAAGUGAUGAAAGCAGAAAGUCCAGUAUAUUUAACAACCUAAAAAAUAAACCUUUUGUUCAAAAUAUUAAAAAUUAUAUUAGUAACAAAAUAGAUAUAAAAAAAAGAUCUGAAGAAAUAAAUGAUUUUAAUUGA